AUGGCAAUUCAGUUCAUUUUGGUGCUAAAUAGGCAGGGGAGGUCACGUCUUGUGAAGUGGUUUAAUAAUUCAUACAAACCAGUGGAGAAAAAUCGACUCAUAUCAGAUAUUCACAGACUCAUUUCUUCCAGGGAUCUGAAACAUCAGUCAAAUUUCAUUGAGUAUCAACAACACAAAUUAGUGUAUAGAAGGUACGCUGGAUUAUUCUUUAUAGCUUCUAUAAAUUUAGGAGACAAUGAAUUAAGUUACUUAGAGAGCUUACAUUUUCUAGUGGAAAUUUUGGACGUUUAUUUCAAUGAAGUGUGUGAGUUAGACUUGGUGUUCAAUUUCUAUAAGCUAUACGCAAUUUUAGAUGAAAUAUAUUUGGGAGGAGAGAUACAAGAAAUACUGAAGCAAAAGAUAUUAAAUCGAUUGGCGGAGAUAGAUAAACUAGAUUAA